GAAGAACAAGAGGCACAGGCUAAAGCUGACAAGAUUAAACUUGCAUUGGAGAAACUGAAGGAAGCCAAAGUUAAAAAGCUUGUUGUCAAGGUGCACAUGUACGAUAACAGCACAAAGUCACUAAUGGUGGAUGAGCGUCAGGUGACGCGGGAUGUUUUAGACAAUCUCUUUGAGAAAACCCAUUGCAACUGCAACGUCGACUGGUGUCUGUAUGAAAUGUACCCAGAGCUGCAAAUUGAAAGAUUUUUUGAAGACCAUGAAAAUGUUGUUGAAGUGUUAUCAGACUGGACUCGAGACACUGAGAAUAAGAUUCUGUUUUUGGAAAAAAGUGAAAAAUAUGCUAUAUUUAAAAAUCCCCAGAAUUUCUACCUGGCAAACAAAGGGAGGAAUGAAAGCAAAGAAAUGAAUGAUAAAAACAAAGAGGCUUUACUGGAGGAAAGCUUCUGUGGGACAUCUGUCAUUGUGCCAGAGCUUGAAGGGGCCCUUUAUUUAAAAGAUGAUGGAAAAAAGUCCUGGAAGAGGCGUUACUUUCUUCUACGAGCUUCUGGAAUUUAUUAUGUACCCAAAGGAAAAACCAAGACAUCACGGGAUCUGGCAUGCUUCAUUCAAUUUGAGAAUAUGAAUGUUUAUUAUGGUUCUCAACACAAAGUGAAAUAUAAGGCACCUACAGAUCACUGCUUUGUCUUAAAGCACCCCCAGAUUCAAAAGGAGUCACAAUAUAUCAAGUACUUAUGCUGCGAUGAUCAAGCAACCCUGCAUCAGUGGGUAACAGGAAUAAGAAUUGCUAAGUAUGGCAAGACACUAUAUGAUAAUUACAAAUGUGCAGUGAAGAAAGCUGGCUUGUCCUCUCGGUGGGCAAAUCAAGGAACGGUGGAACCAGCUGCCCCUGCAGGAUCCUUAUCAGCAG